CCCGCCAUUACCGUCAUCAGCAUAUCUUCACGACCCCUCCAUUUACUCGCCAUUAUGAUCUCUACUUCUACCAUGACCCGCGCCGCGCGCGUUGUUAUGCAAGGCUAUCUUACAGCCUCGUUUUUCAAAGAAAUCGUCAUCGACCACACUUUUCAGGUCGUGUCCGAAUCAGAGGAGGUCUCCGUCAGCCUUGUUACAUUCACCGUCUGCUUCUCGACAGGCGUCCUUCUUCAAGCCUCUGCCAAAGCUGCUCGACAAUUCCUCAGCGAUGAUUUUCAACGCGUCCCCGCUCCCAAGGACUAUACCGCUGGGUUCAACGCACCUUUUGCUGGAGGCAACAUUUCGGACGCUAUCUCAACAACCAAGGCUUUCGGAACACCAGCUCGGCCAUCCUCUUCGCGUGCAGUGAUUGAAUCAACCGAACCCACCUUUGAGGCUCCCACCAAAGGCUUAUCGACGGCUGAUUCUGACACGACGCUCAUAGCCCAUGAUGAGGAGUUAGCUGUCUCAGACGUCGAGUCGCUUGCUGACGAAAGCACUUUCUACGAGGACGACUGCCAGGCUACAGCACGCUGCCUCGCAGACGAUGAACCGGACCACACCUUGCACGUCGGAUACGACCCACAAUCUAUCGACAAUCUAAUCAGAAGAUUUUCAGCUAUUUCUCUCGACGAUAUACCCGCCCAUUUAUCAGCGAUUUCUCUCGACAAUGUAUCUCCUCAUUUAUCAUCCACCUCUCUCGACGAUGUAUCUUCUCAUUUAUCUACUCUUUCCCUCGACAAUGUACCCACGAACUUAUCAGUCAAUUCUCUCGACAAUGUAUCCUCCAAUUUAUCCAUUUCUUCUCUCGACGAUGUACCGUCUCAUUUAUCAACUCUUUCCCCGGACGAUGUGUCCUAUCAUUUAUCCAUUUCUUCUCUCGACGACGUGUCUCCUCUCCUCGACAAUGUAUCUCCUUCUCUCGACAAUGUACCUUCUCAAAUUUCUCUCGAUAAUGUACCCUCCCAACUUUCAACUAUUGGACGACAUCACACUCUACAAGACCACACUAUCGACAUCCUACCUGAUUCAUCUCAGCCUCCGAAGCUUCGGCCAACCAUACCUGUAAUUCUUCCUCUCGACGGUUCCCCUCAGUCAUCGAUUUGUCAGCCCCAACGCACUCUAGUACACGACCACUCUAUCGACAAUCUAAUCAGAAAAAUAGCAGCUCUUUCCCUUGAUGAGGUCCCUUCUCAAUUAUCGACACUUCGCCCGCAUCACGCUCUACACGACCACACUAUCGACGCUCUACCCAAUAACACAAAAGCUCUUGCCCUCGACGACAACCACGCUAUCGACGCUGUACUGCCAACAUCAGAAGCUCUUACUCUCGACAACGACCACACUAUCGACAACACAGAAGUUCUUGCUCUCGACGACCACCACGCUUUUGACGCUCUACUGCAAAAAUCAGAAGCUCUUCCUCUCGACGACAAUCACGCUAUCGACAACACAGAAGCUCUUACUCUCGACAACAAUCACGCUUUCGACGCUCUAUUGCAAAGCCCAGACGCUCUCACUACCCUACACGACGACACUAUCUACGAUUUACUUCAAAAGAUGGAAGCGCUUACUCUCGACGAAAACCCCCAUUAUACUCUCAGUCCUCGACACUUACUCCGCUAUGCAUCUCACACGACGAUAGCCGUUCUUGAUCCUCGGAAUUUCAACUACGAAUCACCAUACACGACGAUGCUAUCAACGCCAUACUUCGACAUGUGGAACCUCUUAUUCUCCACGAUAGUCCCUCGCAAUCCCGCUAAACUCCACGCGACGUCCACGAAUGUCCCCUACGACCAAACGUGUCAGACAUCGUCGCAUCCAACACGUCUUCGGUAUCAGAGGUCCCCUACGACCAAUCCGAUGACGCCUGCUAAUGGCCUCCCUCACCGUCCCCUACGACAUGGAGUCAUUAUCCAUGAGGUCGAAGGCCCCACAUUCUACACACCCAACCUAUCGCAAGUCUUCGAUGAGUCAAAGGUCCCCUACGACCGAAUCUCGACGACUCGCCAAACGACAAAGCGGCCUCCUUCACUGUCUACUGCGACCUGGAAGUCGAAGGCCACCGCCACUGUCUCAAAAUCCCGCAUAUAGUCCGCCUAGUUGACCAACCUUGGUCCCUUCGGAUUUCCUUCACUAUCCAUCAAUUACCCAUACUACACAUUUCUUUUGAUUUGUUUUCUCCUUCAUUGGUACGAUCAUGGACUGUACAUUUAGUUUAUUUACGGACGCAUUUCUGCGAUUUAUGUUUAUUUCAUUGAUAUGUUUAAUUACCCUUCAUUCAUUUUCGUUUAUUGAGCCUGUACGCAUAGUGAAUACAAUCUUCUUGCAUAUCCUCUAAAAG